AUUCAUACUGAUUCAUACUGACAAUCCGUGAAAUAACAGUCGCAUAAAUAAGAGAGAUAAACCAAGCAAGUCUAAUAACGAUAAGAUAAUCGGAAGACCUGGAUAGGGACAGUUCUGGUCGCUGGAUUCGAUCUGACCCAUGUCAUCUCGCAUAUAUUAAGGUUAAUUCGCGUGGAAAUAUAGUGUGAUAAGAACGCAAGAUCCCGCGAGAGUGGAGAAUAAUACUUUAUUAUUGUGUGUGAAUAGAAAAACGUAAUACGACGUCCCGUAGAGGAUGGGAAAGAAAUUCAAUGAAGCGACCUAUAUCUAAGCAAGAUGUGUCAUUAGACGGGAAGAUGAUCUUCGCAUCAUCGCUUAAUCAUCGAUAGUCUGCUGAAGAAGUUCAUUCAGAAUUAUCUAAAUAAAUUUAAUUCAAGAUGAACGUCGAGGAAAAGAGACUCGCGACGUUUCGCGAAUGGCCGUCAAACGCCGCGAUCGGCGCGUCGUGUCUCGCGAAGGCGGGGUUUUACUACACCGGACGUUGCCUGGAGGUACAGUGUUUUUUAUGCGGCACGAUGAUAUCGGACUGGAAUUACGGUGAUCAAGCGAUGGCUCGUCAUCGACGGACAGCGCCCAAUUGUCCCUUCGUCGUCGAUCCUGCUGGGACGUGCAACGUCCCGUUGAUCCCGACGACAGCUAGCGUCGCAUUGGAAUCGACGAACACGACGUCGUCGAGCACACGACGAUCUGACAGCGUCGAGGGUCCGGAACAGCUGCUGUCAUUUGUAACGCCGAGGCUGUCCAAUCCUCUAACUCUAAGAAAAUACGAAACUAUCUCGCAAAGGCUGCAGACAUUUGACAAUUGGCCGCUAACUUCUAUCAUUCGUCCGGAACAGCUGGCUGCAGCGGGAUUUUAUUAUCUUCAGUAUAAAGAUUUGGUGGAAUGUGCAUUUUGCAAAGGUAUUCUAAUGAAUUGGAAAGCUGGCGACGAUCCAGAGCAUGCCCAUAAAUUAAAUUUUCCUAAUUGUGAUUUCUAUAUGAGAGAAACAGAAGAUGAUGAUGCAUUUGGAUUAGUCAGAGUCUUAUCUGGCACUAGCACAGAUUUAACAGAAUUAGGAAUACAAAUGCAUACAGUAUCUAUAUCGCAAUAUACAACAUAUGAAAAAAGAUUGCAGACUUUUCAAAACUGGCCAAAAAAUCUUAAACAAACUCCAGAGACAUUAGCUGCUGCUGGAUUCUAUUAUCAAGGGUUCGACGACCAAGUCAGAUGCUUCCAUUGUGAUGGAGGAUUACAUGGUUGGCAACCAACAGAUAAUGUAUGGAUUGAGCAUGCAUACUGGUUUCCAAAUUGCGGCUUUGUAAUCCUUAUGCGUGGUCACAAAUUUAUCAAAUAUAGUAUAGAUACAAGAGGAUCUUUAAAUCUUUCGAUUUUUGCUGGUGUAUCAGGAGAAAACAACGCCAUAGAAACUUCUGUUGCAUCUCUUCCCACAGUACAACUUAAUGAAGCAUUAACAGAUACAAGAAUGUCUAUAGCAGAUGUAAUAGAAACUUCAGUUACUUCCAGUUCCUCGAUUAUACAAUCUAGUGAACCAAUAACAGAUACUGUGACAUCUACGACAAACAUCAUAGAUAAUACAAUUAUUUCCAGUCCCUCGGUUUCACAACCUAGCGAACCAAUAACAGAUACAGUGGCACUACCUAUGGCAGGUGUCACAGAUGCUGUUACUUCUGUUCCCACAAUUUUGCCUUCUAGCAAGCCGAUAACAGAUAUAACAGUUAAAAGGUUAUUAGAUACUGCUCCAGCUAAGGCUGCUCUUGAAAUUGGGCUACAUGUAGACAGAGUAACGAGAGCUCUGAAGAGAAGAAUGGAAGAAGUUGGCGAACCUUAUAUAAAUGUUACACAGCUCAUAGAGGCUGUUCUACAUGAUCAACUUAUGGAAGACCAUACUAGACUUGAUAAUCAUACUCCUACUUCAUCAUCUUUGGAAUUGAAGACUUUAUUUAAUCAAGUUAUGCAAUCGGUUAAAAAUUCUACAAGUAAGAAAACUACACAAGUAUCUAACGCAGCUGAAAGCAAACAUGAUAAGAAAGAAACUGAUAAUGAGUCAGAUGACAUUAUGUCUUUGCGAGAGGAGAAUAGAAAAUUGAAGGAGGCUCGUUUAUGCAAGAUUUGUAUGGACAAUGAAUUAGCUAUAGUAUUUUUACCUUGUGGCCAUUUAGCGACGUGCGACAACUGUAUACCAGCCCUAACGACCUGUCCAUUGUGCAGACUAAAGAUUCGCGCUUAUGUUCGUAUCUUCUUGUCUUAAAUAUGAAAUAUAAGAUUUGAAAGAUCUGAAAAAAUGUGACAAAUAUUAAAUGAGGACAUCAAUUGAUGUUUCUAUUUAGACAUAUGAUGCUGCAUUUUACAUAAAAUAUAUAUUAUGUAUAUAUUUUGCAAAUAUCUCUAUAUAUCAAUUUUAUUUUUUGAAAAUGUGUACAAAAAAUACGAAGAAAUGUAUAUAUAUAUUUAUUUACACAUAUUUAAUUAUAGAGACGAUAAUUGCAGCUGAUUAUAUUGAUUUGAUCAAUAGCCUUUAAUAAUUAUUUAUUUUCAUUGUGCUAUCAACAAUUUUUACAGAUGAAAGCUGUUAUUGUUGAUAUUGCAGAAUAUUGUUCUAUUAUUGCAUUGUUUAUUGGUUUGAAAAUUAUAUCUGCAAUAAUAUAUAAACAAAUCAAGUAUGUAAUAAUUAAAAAAUAUAAGUAGAGCAAUAAAAACAUCAGUCGACAUUAAUAAUUUUUAACUUAACCAUAAGUUACAAAACAAAUCAUAGAUGUGACAUUUUUUUUAUUGUGAUCUUAUGUUGAAAUUAAAAUGAUAUUACUUGAAAUAAGUUAUCAGAACAUGUACAAAAGAAACACAUUCUUGUGUUUAAUACUGAUGUAUCCCUGUAUAUAUGUUGUAACGUGAUAAAAGAAGUCUAUA